AUGGACGAAGGAAUUCCUCAUUUGCAAGACAGACAGUUACUGGAACAUAGGGAUUUUAUAGGACUGGAUUAUUCCUCUUUGUAUAUGUGUAAACCCAAAAGGAGCAUGAAAAGAGACGACAGCAAGGAUACCUACAAAUUACCGCACAGAUUAAUAGAAAAAAAAAGAAGAGACCGGAUUAAUGAAUGCAUUGCUCAACUAAAGGAUUUACUGCCUGAACAUCUGAAAUUGACAACCCUGGGGCAUCUGGAGAAAGCGGUAGUCUUGGAAUUAACUUUGAAACACUUAAAAGCUUUAACAGCCUUAACGGAGCAGCAGCAUCAGAAGAUAAUUGCUUUACAGAAUGGGGAGCGAUCUCUAAAAUCGCCUAUUCAGUCCGACUUGGAUGCUUUCCACUCGGGAUUUCAAACCUGCGCCAAAGAAGUCUUGCAAUACCUCUCCCGGUUUGAGAGCUGGACGCCCAGGGAGCCGCGGUGUGUCCAGCUGAUCAACCACUUGCACGCCGUGGCCACCCAAUUCUUGCCUGCCCCUCAGCUAUUGACUCAACAGGUCCCACUGAGCAAAGGAACUGGCACGCCCUCGGCCGCCGUCCCUACGGGGUCCGCGGCCGCCCCCUGCCUGGAGCGUGUUGGGCAGAAGCUGGAGCCCCUCGCCCACUGCGUGCCGGUCAUCCAGCGGACUCAGCCCUGCGCCGAGCUUGCCGCGGAGAACGACACGGACACCGACAGUGGCUACGGCGGCGAGGCCGAGGCCCGGCCGGAUCGUGAGAAGGGCAAAGGCGCGGGAGCUAGCCUCGUCACCAUUAAGCAGGAGCCCUCCGGGGAGGAUUCGCCGGCGCCCAAAAGGAUGAAGCUGGAUGUACGCGGCGGCGGCCUGGGGGGCGGCGCGGCAGCGGCUGCGGCAGCGCUUCUGGGGCCCGACCCUGCGGCGGCAGCGGCGCUGCUGAGACCCGACGCCGCCCUGCUCAGCUCACUGGUGGCGUUCGGCGGAGGCGGGGGCGCGCCCUUCGCGCAGCCGGCAGCCGCCGCGGCUCCCUUCUGCUUGCCGUUCUACUUCUUCUCGCCCUCUGCGGCCGCCGCAUACAUGCAGCCCUUCCUGGACAAGAAUGGCCUGGAGAAGUACCUGUACCCGGCAGCCACCGCCCCGUUUCCGCUCUUGUACCCCGGCAUCCCCGCCCCGGCCGCCGCCGCCGCCGCUGCUGCCGCUGCUGCUGCCGCCGCUUUCCCUUGCCUAUCCUCUGUGUUGUCGCCCCCUCCCGAGAAGGCGGGCGCCGCCGCCACGACCCUCCUGCCGCACGAAGUGGCGCCCCCAGGGGCGCUGCAUCCCCAUCACCCGCACGGCCGCACCCACUUGCCCUUCGCUGCCCCCCGCGAGCCGGGGAACCCGGAGAGCUCUUCUCAGGAAGAACCCUCGCAGCCAGGAAAGGAAACCCCCUGA